AAGCAUUUAAUAAAUAGCAGUAGGAGUGGAAGCAGGGGGAACAAUGUGAAAUGACACCCUACCACAGUGUUCAACAUGUAGAUAUUUCCAAUGCUUGUCUAACCUAUUUUCAUCCAAACUCCUAAACCAAUGUUAACUCAGGAUGCUGAUGGCAGAAGCCUGGAGCAGCUGCUGAUCCAGAGCCAGUUCACUCUGGGUUGUGGGCUCUCCUGUGCUCUGGGCUACCUCCAUCAGGGGGCUCCACACAGCUCCCUCAGCCUCUUUCUGGCAGCUGCUCUCAGCUGGGCACUGGCAAGUGUCAGCCACAGUCUGUGGAGCCAUGUGGCCAGACUCUACCCACUUCAUAGCACAGAGCUUCACUGUGGGAAGUGCAUCACCCUCCUGGCCUCCGGACACACCAUACUGGCUUCACUGCAAAGAGCGGUCGUCUUGGUCUUCGCUCUAGCAGCUGUGGCUUCCACCGCCACGGUUUAUGACCACUUCCUGUCCCAGAAGGAUGCACUCAAGUUUUGGACUCCAUUGACGCUUUGCUACUCCAUCCUGGUGGUCUACGUCCAAGAGGAUCAGCAUCGUAAGCCCGGCACAGAAGCUCUGUUUCACACUGUGGUGCUGCGGCUGGGAGCCCUGCUGGUGCUGGUGCUGACCGUGGGCAACUGGUCUGAUGUGCUCCACGUCCUCAUCACUUUUCUGGGGGAAGCGGUCAGCCUGCUGCCCUCUCAGGAUCUGCUGAGAGCCUCGUUACAGGUCUGUGUGAAUAAACUCUUCACUCAGGGAUUUUACAUAUUUGAUGUUCCCUUUUUGGACUGCGAUUUAUCGAGUAUAACUAUUUCUCUAUUAAAGAACUGUUGUGCGACUUGUAAGUAAUUUUAAGAAAUCUGAAAAUUACAUUUAUUUUGUCAUGCUUCACUUUUAGGAAGAAGAAGCUACGAAGAAAAUAUCAACCGAACUUAAAUCACAAAAUGAAGGAUCGUAGGAUGGACACAUCAUCAGAUGACAGUUGAUGGAGCGCCCAAAAUCUAUCACGAAACCGGACACUACCUCGAAUUUCAAUGAAUCCUAAUAACACUGUUUACAUAAUAAAAGAAUACACACUUGAAGGCACUAAUUGUAGACUAACUGUUAUUGGUAUUAUUUUUUUUAAACAGAAGGCAAGAGGAGGAUUUUGCACCAUUUAGCUGCUGCUUUUCAGUAUUAAAAGGAAGAUGUUUCUGUUAUUAUUGAUACUUUUGUUAUGAUAAAGGGAUUGUCGAGUUGCUUAUUAAAUAUAUUGCAUUACAGAUCAUUUUUCUAUUGUAGCAGCAUAAUUGUACCAAACAGACUUUUAAAAGUUAUUUGAUAAGAACAAAGAUGAGCAGAAAGCUGAUGAAAUGUCCACACCAAUGCCCACACCAAGACCUCCACCGCUUCCCUCGUGUUCAAUGGUGCCAAGGUUCAUACAACAGCAUAAAGUACAGUAUGUGGGGCAGAGCAACAAAAGCAGAUCUUCCUAACUGUGCGUCUGCACACAUUUUUGGUCAGGGAUUGUAAAUAUUUUACAAUUAAUAAAGUAGCCUUUUUUUAUGCAUUUUUGACACACUAAUU